AUGACUGGGAAGAAUGGUGUGGGCGUUGGUCGCAUUUGGCGUUUGCUGCAGCGGGGUGCAGCUGUGUCUCAGGACGUGCGUGUUGCGACUGUCGAAGCUGAGGCUAUGUCUCAACAGAGGUGCCAUGAAUGGAAGAACGGUGCUGGCGAGGAUGGUGUGAAACGCCACAUACCUUUGACGAGCCGUAGCGUAGCGUCUGGAACAAAUGCCGUAGAGGCGUCGGCCAACGUCGCGCAGAGCGCAUCUGCUUCGAAAGGUAGAGGGCGCCUGCAGGAUUGGCUAAUUCCGAAGAGCACUGUUAGUGGCAGAUGUGGUGCACCACUAGCGGAUGAACGCGAUGACGUCAAUGGUUCAGAAGGCUGCGAACGUUUGGCGAGUCCUAUUGUGCCUUCCGUAACAAACGCUGUAGAGGCUUCGGUCAACGCUGAAGAAUAUCAGGUGAAUACUGGAAGUGCGUGUUGCGACGGUCGAAGCUGGGGCUGUAUCUUAACAGAUGCGCGUAUUGUGCAUCUGCAGAGGACAGAUCGUUCGACGCGUGAGUGGAAGGACGAUGCCAGCGACAGUGGCUUGCAAUGCUUCCUAUUAUUAAAUGGCCAUCGUCUUGCCUGCCUGCAGGGGCUGCAGGGGGUUGGUGUCGACGACGAGGAGCAUAAUGACGGUUGGCACGACUGUUUGCUAAUGAUGGGGGCUGGCAGCUUGUUCACUGCCUUGAUGCACGAAUCCCACCCAGUUCCUGGUAGCCGGUGCCAACAGGAGCGUUGGCUUUCGAAGGGCAUUGCUAACGGCAGUGUAGUGAAGCAUGAGUGGAAGAGCGAUGGCGGCAACAAUGGUUUGAAGGGCUGCGUUUGGAGAGCCAUCCUGUAA